AUGGCUAGGAAGAAAUCAGCUGCCAAAAAGGCUAGAGAAGCAGCUUCAAAAGAAGAAGUAGAGGCACCAACUAAUACCACGACAACUCCACCAGCCAAGAAUUUAAACAGUGUAAAUGAAGAAAGAAAACAACAAAUCCAAUCACAAACACAAACACAAUAUUCAGAUUCAGAAAGUGAAUCAUCAUCCGAAGAAGAAGAUGAAUUCGGAGAUUUAAUAACGGACGAUGUUGAAGAUGGAAUCAAUCAAGUUUUAGCAACAAUCAAAAGUAAUCCAAGUAAAUUGUUGGAUCCAAAUGUCAAAUUCUUCAAAGAUCCUUCAAAUGAACCCAACUCCACCACUAAGGCCAAAAGUGAAAAACCAUUAUACUUGAAAGACUAUCAUAGACAAAAUUUAAUUGAUGGAAGUUAUAAAGAAUUUGACGAAAGUGAAACAGUGGAUGGAGCAAAAUCUUUCGUGAGUGAACAAAAAGAAGAACGUGAUAAAUUAUUAAAUGAUAUUAAAAAUGCUUUCAACGAUGAGGAAGAAGAGGAAAAUGAUGAUGAAGAUGAUGGGUUUAUGAAAAAGAAAACGAAAUCAAAAAUCGACCAAAUUGAAGAUGGAGAAAACACUAAAACAAAAUCAUUACCAGAUCCAGAAAGAGAUCAAAACGGGUUUUUAUCAGCAUUUUUAGAUCAAAAAGCAUGGAUUCCACAAAAAGGAGAUAAAGUAAUAAAUUUAGAUAAAAUUGAUCAAGAUGACGAAGAAGAAUUUGACGAUGCUGUAGAAGAUUUCGAAAAUGCUUAUAAUUUUAGAUUUGAAGAUCCAAAUUCUACAGAAAUUAUUUCAUAUGCAAGAAAUCAAGCUACUUUAAGAAGAUCAAAUACUAAUAGUCGUAAAAGAAAGAGAGAAAAAGAAACUGAAGAGAAGCAUAAAGAAGAACAAAAGAAAGAAGAAAAAUUGAAAAAAAGAAAAAUAUCAAAAUUGAAUAAAGUAAUUGACAGAUUAUCCAAAAUUAAAGAGGCAGUAGGCGAAGACGUUGAUGAUGCAAUAAUACAAAAAGUAUUUGGAGACUCGUUAUUGAACGACGAUUUUGAUGAUGCUGAUUGGGAUAACAAAAUGUCAGAAAUUUUCAAUGAACAAUACUAUGGAGCAGAGAAUGAAAAACCAAAAUGGGAUGAUGAGAUAAUGGAUGGAUAUGACUAUGAGGAUGAGGGAGUAGGAGGAGAAGAUGCUGAAGAAUAUGAACAAGAAGAAGUAAUAGAAGAACCACCAUUGAAAAAAUCCAAGAAAGAUCAAUUAAAAGAUAAAAAAUCAGCAAAAAAAUCCAAAGAAUCAUUAAAGCAAAAAGCACAAGAAAUAAUAGAAGCAAACACAUUAAAAAUACAAGAAGAAAUAGAAGAAGAACAAGAAUUGGGAAGAGGUAGAUCUAAAAAUAAAAACAACGACACCACGAAAUUUAAAUAUAGAGAAGUAUCACCAGAAACUUUUGGUUUAACAACAAGAGAUAUAUUGUUAGCAGAUGAUAAACAAUUAAAUGAAUUAAUAGGUAUCAAAAAAUUUGCACCUUAUAGAGCAAAAGAAUUAAGAUUAAAAGACAAGAGAAAACUCACAAAAUCAAAACAUUUAAAAGAAUGGAGAAAAGAAACUUUUAAAAAUUUAAAUUUGCCUGAAGAUGCAAAAGAUGAUGAAAUUUGGAUAAACAAUGAAGGUAGUUCUAGUUCAAAAUCAAAACACUCAAAAUCAAAAGAUCAUAAAAAGCAUAAAAAGCAUAGUAAAAAAUUGCAUUAA